GAGAGGCAAUAAAACAACGCUUGAAUCAAUACAUCUACCAUUCCUCAAUGAGUCAUUUUUAAUUAUUGACAGAAAAUCUUUUGGACAAUCUCUGGCCACUCCUCAUUCUCUGUCACAUUAUUUAUCUUGGGCAAUGUAGACAAUAGUAGUUUGGUUUACCAUAUUGAGAAUGCUUUCCAUUCUGUAAAGCAAAAUGAGGAAAAGGAUUUUGAAUUUUUGUUGCAAAAAAUUAUUGCACCAAACAAUUGAAAUUGUUCUACCAUUCAGACAUUUAUGAGGAUAAAGUUGAAAAUUGGGGGGGGGGGUAAUCUGGGGAAGAAAUUCAAAUGAUAAGACUAGAGCCAUGUCUAAAGUUGUCUUUCAAUUUCUCAAAUGUUCUGUUCCCACAUUAAAGAAUCCUGAGUUUUUCUGCAUUUGCAGGGAACUUUAGUAAUUUUUCAAGGUAUGAGGUUAAGCUUAUUUCAUUGUUGUGCAGUGGACGAUAUGGGUGUAUAUAUUUUACUUACAAAACUAUUUUAAAUAUAUAUCUGUAUAUCAUUCUUUUAUAAAAAAAAUCAAAGUAGCUUACAUCAGAAAUACAUAAAACCAAGCCGUAAACCAAGUUAAAAGCCAUAUUAAAAAGCUAAAAAUGUGCAUGUUUUUCUUUCAAUUAAACAUCUAUACAAUGCUUUCAAAUUGCCUCCUCUGUGGAAGGAGAUAACUUAUUUUGCGCUUCCCUGACUUUUAAUAUAAAUGUUGGGAGAUGGUGAGUCUGGCUGGUAAGCCCCUGGGAUUAGUGGUCUUGCUGAUUUUCUUUAUAAAGGAAUGUCCUUAAUUUUGCCUAAAUAAAAAGUUUCUCCCCUUUAGAAAAAUAAAUAAAAAGACUUUUAAAUAUGUAACAAUCGACAACUUUCAGAAGUAUAGUAGACUGUCUCCCAAGAUUCCCACUGGGGAACCAAGAGAACUGAGAAGGUCAAGAAAGAAAUUGAUAGCAUGUGUUUCAAAGUGUUAGGCAUGCCAUGAGAGAGCAUAAUCUUUAUAUGAACUGCACUGAGUUUAACAGCUUAGAAAAAUCAAUGACAUUUAAAAUAAUUUUAUGUCAAUCUUAAUCAGCUUGUGCUAAAAAUGGCAUUGUGGCAAAUUGAUUUCCUAUUCCAAAGUUGUACAUUAAUUAAUUUUGCUUGCAGUGUGUUAACAAAAUUCUACCAGCACAUUCUUGCCUUGGCAUUUGCCGUGAAAGAGAUAAACGAGAACCCCAAGUUUUGUCCUAAUAUCACUCUCGGCUUCCACAUCUAUGAUAGCUACUAUGAUGCCAGAAUGACCUAUCGUACCACUCUUGACCUGCUCUUCAAAUCGCAUAGAUUUGUUCCCAACUACAAAUGUGACACCCAGAAAAAUCUCAUAGCCAUCAUUGGGGGACUUAGCGCUGACACCUCCUUCUAUAUGGCUGACACAAUUGGCCUCUACAAGAUUCCACAGGAUUUCAAAGGAGUUGGGGCCUUCAGAUCUUCCAAGGUGCUAUUUCCUUCACAAUUCAUUCACAAAAUCUCCCACAGUUCCAAGAAUUUCUUCAGGGAAUAAAACUUCACUGGACACAGGGAGAUGGGUUUUUCAAGGACUUCUGGGAGCAAGCAUUUGAUUGUACAUUUCCAAAUCCCAGUGUACCAAUAGAGGACAUUGACCUGUGUACUGGGGAGGAAAGGUUGCAGAGUCUUCCAGCAUCUCUAUUUGAAAUGAGCAUGACUGGCCACAGCUACAGUAUCUACAAGGCUGUUUACAUUGUGGCUCAUAUUUUGCAAGGGAUAUACUUGACUGGUUUCAAGAAAAGAGCCAUAGGAAACAGUGGAAUAUUAAAAAUUCAAGAUCUGCAGCCUUGGCAGGUAAUGGAUUGCAAUUGAAGAGUAUAAAAAUAUCAGACAAUUUCAAUGAAUAGAUUUGUAAAAGUAAAAGGUUGAUCACAAUUGGAAGAAACAAGCUGCUGCUAAAAUGCCACUACGGGUCUCAUUCACUGAAGAAUAUUUAAUAUCAAGCAGCUGAUUAA